UCAGUUCUCUUUCACCCUCUCACAACCGCACUUCAAAUCCUUCUCUGACUCAUCUCUCUUAGGGUUUGGUAAUCAUGUCUACUAGAAUACCAGAAUUUGAUUUUCUAUGUUACUAGAAAUAGAAGUGAAGGUGGUUAAUCAGGAAGUAGAAGAAUACAUGGGGUUGAAUCUGAACAAUCUUAGACCAGUGAAUCUCACAGUGUUGUUGUUGACUAGAGAUUCGCAAAGAAUAUGAUACAGGAUUCGAAAGGGUCUUUGUCGAUUUUCAAAAAUGGAGAUCGAAGACCAGUUCCUGCUGCAGAUGAUGAGAUUAUGGAGGUGCCAGAGGUGGAUACGUCCGUACGAUCUCUCACAGUAAUGUGGGAUGGAAGCUUAGUUGUUGCUGCAAACAAUAAUAAAACUUGCUAUGUUUGGCGCUUGCAGCGUGGGACUCAGACUAUGACAAAUUUUGAGCCGCUUCAUAAACUACAAGCACAUGAUGGUUACAUCCUGAAGUGUUUGCAUUCACCUGGUCAAAUAGCUCGUGUAGCUAUAAUUUUCAGAGUCAAUGAGGUGGUGAUAUUUGAAAAUAAUAAUGGUUCAGAUUAUGAUUUGAGAUUAGAAAUAAAAGAAGAUGACAAUGGUAAUGAGAGCGGUACGCAGUUUCUUAUAAGAAUACUAAAGUAUUUAGAGACACCAAGGUAUCUAAGACAUGCGCUUUUGCAGAUGCAUAUAAGCUUUAGAUCUGUGGGUUUGUUACCGCCCCUUGAUGAUCCUCAUCAUUUGCGUAAGCAUGAAUGGGUCCAUAUCGGGAAAGUUAGUUUUGUGUUACACAGAAAGAAAGAGGUCCGGAUAACACCGGUACACAAGUCGAUGCUGGUUUAAUGAAGAAUAUUGUCGUUGACCAGAAUCUUGAUCCUGGAAUUCGUGUGACCGUAGCAAUGAGAAUUGAUCGCUGACUGGAAACAUGUAAACUCUUGAUGUUUCUUUUUGAUGGAUGGUGCCUAUUUAGAGUUGCUUUUCACUUAUUUUAUGGACGAGUGUGAUUAGUCGGCAUGGGACAAUUCUGAUGUGUCCGACAGUACUUAGUUCUUCUCAUUCAUUUUUCAUAUUGCAAAUUUAGUCCAUACUUGAUAUGUUUGUUAGCAUCACUUGCUUCAGCUUAAUAUGUUAAUUUGAACUUGUGACUCACAAAUUGUGUAUUGUGAUUUAUCUUUUUGGAUCCAAA